CAACUGAACAACCAAAUCACAAGUUUAUUUGUGAUGUACUUGACUUUGCUUAUAGAAAAUUAUUUAAAAAAAAAAGUUUAAAAAGAGUUUUGGUUUUAGAAUUUACAAUGACUGCUCUUAAACAUGGCCAGCUAAUGUGUUCCAUGUCUCUACCUCUCACCUUGUGUUCUUGUAUUAAAUUCUCAAUAUCUCAAACACCCCAUUACAGAACAAUAGUUUUUUUCUCCAACAAAAGAUGGAAAGAACAUUCGUGUUGAUAUUCUUCUUCUGGGCUGUCCUUACAAUCAUCACACCCACACUGAUUAUCCUGUCAGAGAAUUCAAAACCCAAAUUGGAUUUAAAUGGUCAGAAAGAUGAAGUAAUAAAGGUUAGAAAAAUGAUGCUAUAUAUAGAGAAAUAUUCAACAAAAAUACCAAUAGCUCUGGCACCAAAGGAAGCACCAGCACCAGCACCAGCUCCGGCACCGGCACCGGCACCAACACCAAUAUCAGCAGUCCCGUACUGGGACUAAAACCAGCUCUAAAUCCAGCUCUGGGGAGGCUAGAAAAGCCAUGUUGAUGAUUUUCUCAAAGGAGCAAUGACACUGGUACGUGAAUUGGUGAUCAUAAGACUUGAGUUUAACCAAGGUAAGCCCAUAAGAACAUGCCCAAACCAAGUGUACGCUACCUUCAAUGACAUAGUCACUUAGUUCUUUGGGUUGUAAAUAUGUUCUCUGUGCUUAUAGAAAACUGCUACAUUGAUUUCAGAGGAAGAAGGUUUUUGUCAUUCUUUUAGUCAGGGAAAAAAAAAGUCACUUCUAUUACAAAUAUGGGAAAGAAUGAAUGAACAAAUAAGAAAUAUGAAAAACUGGAAGCUUUUGUUGUUAA